UGGGCCGGGCUGUGUGCAGGGCGGUCGCGGACCCGUAGCUGCUGCUGCUGCUGCUAAGCGCUUGGGCUCGGUCGAGACCGCCGUGCUUGCUCCUUGCUCCAGCCGUCACCGCCGCCGCCGAGGGAGCGGCCGCCUAUUGUCCUUCUCCGCGGCCAAGGUGCGGAGCUGCUCCGGCUCGGCCCGCGGGGGAGCCCGGGGAGCCGCACGUGUCCUAGGUCAUGAAACUUAGUCCACAACAAGCUCCAUUAUAUGGCGAUUGUGUUGUUACAGUACUGCUUGCUGAAGAGGACAAAGUUGAAGAUGAUGCUAUUUUUUACUUGAUAUUUUCUGGCUCUACCCUCUAUCACUGCACAAGUACCCGGAAAGUCAGUUCUGAUACAUUGGAGACAAUUGCUCCUGGUCAUGACUGCUGUGAGACAGUGAAGGUGUUGCUCUGUGCUUCCAAAGAGGGCCUUCCUGUGUUUGUAGUCGCUGAAGAAGACUUCCAUUUCGUCCAGGAUGAGGCCUAUGAUGCAGCUCAGUUCCUGGCAACCAGUGCUGGAAAUCAGCAGGCUCUGAACUUCACACGGUUCCUUGAUCGAUCGGGACCUCCUUCUAGAGAUGUGAACUCUCUCGAUGAGAAGGUUGCACUGGCAUUCAGACACCUGAAGCUGCCCGCAGAGUGGAACGUGUUAGGGACAGAUCACACUUUGCAUGAUGGUGGCCCUCGGGAAACCCUGAUGCAUUUUGCUGUGCGGCUUGGACUGCUGCGGUUGACAUGGUUCCUGUUACAGAAGCCAGGUGGCCGUGGGGCUCUCAGCAUCCACAACAAGGAAGGGGCAACGCCUGUGAGCCUGGCACUGGAGCGAGGUUACCACAAGCUUCACCAGCUUCUGACUGAGGAAAAUGCUGGUGAACCAGAUCCCUGGAGCAGCUUAUCCUAUGAAAUCCCUUAUGGCGACUGUUCAGUGAGGCACCAUCGAGAGUUGGACAUCUAUACAUUGACUUCUGAAUCUGAAUCACAUCGUGAACCCCAUGGAGACAGCUGUACUGGACAUAUUUCUAAACUUAUGAAUAUCCAACAGCAGCUAAUGAAAACAAACUUGAAGCAGAUGGACAAUCUCAUGCCCUUAAUGGUGACAGCACAAGAUUCAUCUUGUGUGCCCAGUGUACCAGAUGGCCAGUUCCUUCCCUGUGUACCAGAGCCUUCUGACUACCAGCAGCCUCCUUUUGAAGAAACUAAGAGCACUCUGUGCUGCCAAGGGAGUCCUGGGAGGAAGGCUGAGAGUCCCUGUGAUUUGUCAAGUGUGGUUGAGGAAGAAAAUGAUGUCUGUUCUCAUAAGAAAAAUAAAGCUGAGGGGAGAAAGAGGGAAGAGGCAGAGCCAGCGUCUGCUAUGGACUCCAGGUCUGCAACUCAUCAAGACAGCUGCCUUCAGAGCAUACCUGACUGUGGCGUGAAGGACAGAGAAGGCCUUCCAUCCUGUGGAAACAGAAACGAAGUAACUGGAACAAAACAUUCUGGAGUGGCCACAUGUCAGCAGCCGCUUAGUGUGCUGCAAGAUGCCAUGGUCACAGAACCAGGUGCAUGCCCGCACCCUUCUGCAAGGGAGCUACCAGACAACUCUUCAACAGAUAUUGGUGCCCCAGAAAAGGCAGGGGAACUGGAACGUAGCCUCCUUACCCCAGAUGCCACCACCCAAAACAAUAAGUCUCACGCAGGGGAAGGCACAAAGGAAAGACUUGAGUAUUCAGAUUUUAGCACAACCGAAGCGACUGCUGUUCAAGUUUUAAGUGAACCUACGGAGAAAGCUGAUAUUACAAGCCAUGUCUCUGCCACCAGUGCCAUGGGUGCUAACGCGCCUGCUGAGACUUCACCUGCAUUGAAUCCUGGAGAAAUCCCCACUGAAAACCCAGGAAUGGAAACUCAGGAGAGAGGCUCUGAGGGGGGAGCCACAAAUGACCAGAGCUCCCAGGUGCUUCCUGCUGCUGCUGCUACAGAAGACAAGGUUUUAGGGAGACUAGAACCUGAUACUCCCAUAGCAGGCCUUUGUAAGACAGCAUCACCUUUGGAUUUAACCAUGUCAGGCCCAAGUUCAGAUGGGAUGCCAAAACAAAACUCAGAGUCUAAUGCACGGCAUGCUCAGAGCCUAAAUAGCCAGGCCCUGCUCUGUUCUACAUCUGGGGCUGGCACGCCUUCUGCUGAGUCUGCAUGUCAGCAGAGCACAGUGACUUCUAGUGACGGGUUGGUAGUAGAACAUGGCAGUGGUAAAGCUAGCCUGCCUGAAAGCACAACAGUGCAGCCAAACACACAAGAUCUUUGCACCACCCUCUGCCCAGAAGGCCGACAAGCUGACACAGUCACUUCUGACACUGGGGAAAAUGCCCAGAAAUCUGUGGAGGUUUGUCAUCUCUGUGUUUUAGAUGCAAGGAAUCAAGGAAAUGAUUUAAAACAAGAUACACCUUUAACGAAUGUGCUUGAGGAUGUUCCACAUCUGCCUUCAGUUGUCCCUCAAACUGAGAAAGAACUAGUGCCAGACCAGGUAGUACCUCCGGGCAGCAGUUUCUCUCUGGCAAGCAGUCCGGAGAGUGAAUCAGUAACCAAAGAUGACGUACUUUCUCUUGUCCCCUCCCAGAAAGAAAAGGGAACAGUGACUCCUCAGCUCCAUAGAGCUACAGCUUGUCGAGAUGGCCCAGAUGAAAGAGAUUUGAAUGAUAUCAAUAAGGUAGGAGACGGGGCCACUGGUCCACCUACACCCUCUGCUGUAGAGCUUCAGACCAGCAUGGGGAAUACCAGCCCUGUAGGCAUUGGCGGAGAACAGGAGGGUCCCUGCCCGACAGCAACCCUUGAAGUGCCGAGUGACUCCUUACUACAAAGCGUGGAUAAAGCUGCUUUGGUUUCUGACUCUCUUCUGCCUGAAGAAGGUGACAGUGUAGUGGUUCCAGAAAGUUCCACAGCUCUGGGGCAAGAUGAUAAAGAUAAAGCAAUUCAGUAUUCUUCAGUUAAAGAAGACAUGCCUUCUUCAGAAAUGUCAAGGGAAGACCAGAGAACCCCACCACCUGGGCAGGAGAUACGAAGGUUAAGUGAAAAACAUAUGUCAGCCCUCUGUGCCGGGGAGAAAGCACUGCAGCAGAGUAACUCACCAGACACACCCUCUGACUGUCUGAAAACAGAAACUAAAGACAACAAGGAAGUGGCCCCACAGGUCUCCCCGCUGACUGAAGGUGGGGCUGUAAAGAGCCAGGUGCCACCAAGAACAAGUCUGUCUGCUGAUUCAAAGCAGAAAGCCUCAAGUACAGAGCAGAGCAGCUCUUCUCUGUUGCCAAGUCGGCUGCCAGGUGCGUCUGCGGCACUCCAUUGUGAUCAGCCUUCUGCUCUCAGUGUUGGUGUGGAGAGUACUCAGUUCCAAGGGGAAAACAGUGCUUCUGAGGUAAGCAGAAAUGCAAUGGAGGAUGUGACAGUGGCUGGUACUUUACCAUCUACUGCUGAGCCCAGUAGAAAGGAUCCAUCACACUGUGUCAAAGACAUCCCAGUUUCAGAGUUGUUAAACCAAGAGAAGAAAACGACUCCAAGUUUGCCAGAAGCUUUACUGAACAAAGGUGUCACUGACUUACAGGAAGUCAUAACCCCAGACAUAGAACCACUUGAUUGCCAGAGAGAGAGACUGGAGGGAACAGACCAUAGCUGUGCCACGAGUAACUCCAAAGAGACCCCAGACAAUGAAGAAGCAAUGCAACCUCUUGCCAGGGACCUCCCCACAGGCACAGGACUCUCAGCUAUCAAUGACAGUGUCCCCCAAGCUGACAUGAAGCAAGUGGCACAGGCCGCCAUCCCAGCAGAGGAAAGUAAUGCCACUACUGUACUCGGAAUGGUCUCAACCCAAGCUGCAGAUAUGCCUACCGGAGCAGACUCCAUAGAGGAGGCUGCCACGAGGAUAGUAGAGGCUGUCAUCAAGGCCUCCAGCACACUGAUGGCAAAAGUAGAAACCCAUAAUCCAUCACUGUCCCAUCCAGAGACCAAGCAGCUAGAGAAUGUUUGUAUAGAGAGUACAUGUGCUUUUCUUCCUGGGGAGACCCCACACAUGGAGAAUACUCACGAAGAAACCACCGGGCACUGUGGUGUUAAGACAGAGGAACCAGAGAAAAUUAUUCUACCUGCCGUCAGGCCUGAGCCAGCACCAGAAAUGCCAGACACCAAAACUGGAGACGAAGUGGAUCUUCUGAGUAAGAUUAGUGCUGCUUCUGAGGAGGAGGCUUUUGGAAAUGGAGCUGCCACGCCCAAGAUGAAGCAAGACCCAGGGACCCAGGCGAUCAACCGAGAAAGCUGGUGUGCCAUAGAGCCCUGCCCUGAAGCAGCAUCUCUCUUAGCUUCGAAACAGAGCUCAGAAUGCGGAAGCUUCCUAGAUGUUGGACUAGGCACCGAGUGUGCCUCAAAAGAAAGCGUGCUCCAGAGAGUGUCAGGGAGUGACUCUGACCUCUUUCAUUCGCCCAGUGAUGAAAUGGACAGCAUCAUCUUCUCAAAGCCUGAGGAGGAGCAGUUACUCUGUGAUACAACAGGAUCCAGUUCUUCCACAGAGGACACAGCUUCCCUGGAUCGACAUUCUUCUCACGGCAGUGAUGUGUCCCUUCCUCAGACUUCAAAGUUAAGCAGGUCCAGAACUCAUCAAGGUUCCAAUGGCUUUUUCAGCCAUGGUGUGGGACCUGAGAGUCGAGAGAGUGAGAGUGAGCCUGCUGGCUCUGGUGACAUGGACGAGGAGGAGAUGGACAGCAUCACUGAAGUGCCUGCAAAUUGCUCUUUUCUGAGGAGCUCCAUGAGGUCUCUUUCUCCUUUCCGGAGGCAUAGCUGGGGACCUGGGAAGAAUGCAGCCAGUGAUGCAGAAAUGAACCAACGGAGUUCAAUGCAAGCUCUUGGGCAUGUUGUCAGGAGACCUCCCAUUCAUAGGAGAAGUAUGAGCUGGUGUCCCUCUGGUGUGCAGUACUCGGCUGCCCUGAAUGCUGACUUUAAUAUCAGAAGUUUCAGUCUGGAAGGCUUGACAGGAGGAGGUGUUGGAAAUAAGCCAUCCUCAUCUCUAGAAUUGAGCUCUGCAAACUCCAGCGAGCUCAGAAACCCUUUCAGUGGUGAGGAACAGAGAAACUCUUUGAUGUCACUUUCAGAAGAACAUCUGGAGCCAGACCAGAGACAGCAUCAUAGGAUGUUUGAUCAGCAGACAUGUUACAGGUCUAAACAACAGGGAUUUAAUUACUGUACAUCAGCCAUUUCUUCUCCAUUGACAAAGUCCAUCUCAUUAAUGACAAUCAGUCAUCCUGGAUUGGACAAUUCACGGUCCUUCCACAGUACCAGUGCCAACCUAACCGAGAGUAUAACAGAAGAAAACUGUAAUUUCCUGCCUCCAAGCCCCUCAAAAAAGAAUUUUGAAGAAAAGAGUGGGACUAAGGUUAGUCGCACCUUCAGCUACAUCAAGAAUAAAAUGUCCAGCAGCAAGAAGAGCAAAGAAAAGGAAAAGGAGAAGGAUAAAAUUAAGGAGAAAGAGAAAGAAUCUAAAGAGAAGGAAAAAGAUAAAAAGUCUCUUAACGGGCACACUUUCAGCCCCAUUCCUAUUGUGGGUCCCAUCAGCUGCAGCCAGUGCAUGAAGCCUUUCACCAACAAGGACGCCUACACAUGUGCAAGUUGUGGUGCUUUUGUCCACAAAGGCUGCAGAGAAAGUCUAGCCUCCUGUGCAAAGGUCAAAAUGAAGCAGCCAAAAGGGAGCCUCCAGGCCCACGAUACAUCGUCGCUGCCCACGGUCAUCAUGAGAAAUAAGUCUUCACAGCCCAAGGAGCGCCCUAGGUCUGCAGUCCUCUUGGCUGAUGAGGCCACUGCUGCACCAAUGUUUACUAACAGACGGUCCCAGCAGAGUGUCUCCCUCUCUAAAAGUGUCUCCAUACAAAACAUCACUGGAGUUGGCAAUGAUGAGAACAUGUCAAACACCUGGAAGUUUCUGUCUCAUUCAACAGACUCACUGAAUAAAAUCUGCAAGGUCAAUGAGUCAACAGAAUCCCUUACUGAUGAGGGAGUAGGUACAGACAUGAAUGAAGGACAGCUGAUGGGAGAUUUUGAAAGUGACUCUAAACAGCUGGAAGCAGAGUCUUGGAGCCGGACAGUGGACAGCAAGUUCCUUAAACAGCAGAAGAAAGAUGUGGUCAAGCGGCAGGAAGUGAUUUACGAGUUGAUGCAGACAGAGUUACAUCACAUCCGAACACUCAAGAUCAUGAGUGACGUGUACAGCCGGGGCAUGAUGACAGAUCUGCUCUUUGAGCAGCAGAUGGUGGAAAAGCUGUUCCCCUGCUUGGAUGAACUGAUCAGUAUCCACAGCCAGUUCUUUCAGAGAAUCCUGGAGCGGAAGAAGGAGUCCCUGGUGGAUAAAAGUGAAAAGAACUUUCUCAUCAAGAGGAUAGGGGAUGUGCUUGUCAGUCAGUUCUCGGGUGAGAAUGCAGAGCGCUUAAAGAAGACAUACGGCAAGUUCUGUGGACAGCACAACCAGUCUGUCAACUACUUCAAAGACCUCUACACCAAGGAUAAGCGUUUCCAAGCCUUUGUGAAGAAGAAGAUGAGCAGUUCAGUAGUAAGAAGGCUGGGAAUUCCAGAGUGCAUAUUGCUUGUAACUCAGAGGAUCACCAAGUACCCAGUUUUAUUCCAAAGGAUACUGCAAUGUACCAAAGACAAUGAAGUAGAGCAGGAAGACCUCACUCAGUCCUUGAGCCUGGUGAAGGAUGUGAUUGGAGCCGUGGACAGCAAAGUGGCAAGUUACGAGAAGAAAGUGCGUCUCAGUGAGAUUUACACAAAGACAGAUAGCAAGUCGAUCAUGAGAAUGAAGAGUGGGCAGAUGUUCGCCAAGGAGGACCUGAGACGGAAGAAGCUGGUGCGCGACGGGAGUGUGUUUCUGAAGAGCACAACAGGAAGGCUGAAAGAGGUUCAAGCAGUUCUACUCACUGACAUUUUAGUUUUCCUUCAAGAAAAAGACCAGAAAUAUGUGUUUGCAUCAUUGGACCAUAAGUCAACAGUGAUCUCCUUAAAGAAGCUGAUUGUAAGGGAAGUGGCCCAUGAGGAGAAAGGCCUGUUCCUCAUCAGUAUGGGGGUGAAAGAUCCAGAGAUGGUGGAGGUCCAUGCAAGCUCCAGAGAGGAGAGGAAUAGCUGGAUUCAAAUCAUUCAGGAUACAAUCAACUCCCUGAAUAGAGAUGAAGAUGAAGGGAUUCCCAGUGAGAAUGAAGAAGAAAAGAAAUUGUUGGAUACCAAAGCCCGGGAGUUAAAAGAACAGCUUCAGCAGAAGGACCAGCAGAUCCUCCUCUUACUAGAAGAGAAGGAGAUGAUUUUCCGUGACAUGACUGAGUGCAGCACCCCCUUGCCCGAGGAUUGCUCCCCAACGCACAGCCCGAGAGUGCUCUUCCGCUCCAACACAGAGGAAGCUCUCAAAGGAGGACCGCUGAUGAAAAGUGCAAUAAGUGAAGUGGAAAUCCUUCAGGGUUUGGUGAGUGGAAGCCUUGGCGGUACACUUGGACAGUCCAUCAGCAGCCCUGUUGAGCAGGAAGUCAUGGCUGGGCCCAUUUCUUUGCCCCGGAGAGCAGAAACCUUUGGAGGAUUUGACUGUCAUCAGAUGAAUGCUUCCAAAGGAGGUGAGAAAGAAGAAGGUGAUGAUGGCCAAGAUCUUAGGAGAACAGAAUCGGAUAGUGGCCUGAAAAAGGGUGGAAAUGCUAACCUGGUAUUUAUGCUUAAAAGAAACAGUGAGCAGGUUGUCCAGAGCAUUGUUCACCUCCACGAACUCCUUAGCAUGCUACAGGGUGUCGUGCUACAACAAGACAGCUACAUUGAGGACCAGAAGCUGGUGCUGACAGAGAAGGUACUCACAAGGAGUGCAUCCCGCCCCAGCUCUCUCAUUGAGCAGGAGAAGCAGCGGAGCCUGGAGAAGCAGCGCCAGGACCUGGCCAACCUGCAGAAGCAGCAGGCACAGCACCUGGAGGAAAAACGCCGACGGGAGCGUGAGUGGGAGGCCCGUGAGCAGGAGCUUCGAGACCGAGAGGCCAAGCUGGUCGAGCGGGAAGAGACAGUCCGCCGUAGGCAGCAGGACCUGGAGAGGGACCGCGAAGAGCUCCAGCAGAAGAAGGGCACUUACCAGUGUGAUCUGGAGAGGCUACGGGCUGCCCAGAAACAGCUGGAAAGAGAACAGGAACAGCUGAGGAGGGACACAGAACGGCUCAGCCAGAAGCAGAUGGAUCAGGACCUUUGCCAGGUUUCAAAUAAACAUGGCAGGCUGAUGCGGAUCCCAUCCUUCUUGCCCAAUCCGGAUGAGUUCACCUCGCCGUCUGCACCUUCUAUAACCAAAUCAGGCUCACUGGACUCUGAACUCUCAGUGUCUCCUAAAAGGAACAGCAUCUCUCGGACACAGAAAGAUAAGGGGCCUUUCCAUAUACUGAGCUCAGCCAGCCAGACAAAAGUUCCAGAGGGGCAGAGCCAGGCCCUGUCCAGCACCUCCACUUCCACCCGACUCUUUGGGUUAUCUAAGCCAAAGGAAAAGAAGGAGAAAAAAAAGAAGAGCAAAGGAAGCCGCGCUCAGCCUGGUGACGGCCUUGCUUCAGAAGUACCAGCAGAGGGUGGUGAGAUCUUCUGCUGAACCAUCCUCUACCGGGGCAGCCACUUUCCAACCCUGAGCUGACUGUGGAGCCGCCGGUGGAGACACCAGGGCAGCCCUGCUGCCCCUCAGCGUCCAGUCCUCCUGAGCUACCCCAGGUCCUGCACAAGAAGGAGCAGCACCUGUGUGGGGGUGGGGACAGACACUCAGACUCCACUUCAGCUGUGACCUGUGACUGCCCAGGGCUUGGGUGGGCCUGGCCUUACUCAGGGUACGACACUGAAAGUAGUGACCCUAGAAGUAGGUAAUAGUCUGAGACAUGUCGGGAUUCCCUAAAAGCCAAGGGGUUUUUUCCAAAUGAGGCCUGAAACUCUGCCUUGCAUUUUGGGGGAAUGCAACCAGAGUCAAGAAGCAGGUAGUGCAGACUUUGUGUACAGCUGUGUACACAGUGCUUCUCAAACAUCAGGAUAGCUUAGCCAAGAGCAAGCCUCUGCCUGGCCAGGUGGCGUGUGGGUAUUCAGUAUUUCACCCUGUGGUCCUUCGAGAUUGGGUCCCUUGAGAUGGCCCCUGUGCACACCCCACCCCUCUUUGUAUGUACCCCUCGUUUCAUUUUAGGAAGAACAACAAAUGUUUGUGAAACCAGCAAGCGGCCUGAUGUGUACCAAAAAGCAGGGUCUGCACUGUCUGUGUGUCCACACUCUAGGCUGAACUAGCUCACUUUAUAUUCAAAUCAGAAAGAGACAAACCGCCUGUCCUAGAUGCCUGUCUGCAUGCUCUGGGCACAGAGGAAGUAGAGAGGCCUCUUCACCACUGUCCCCAGUAUGACACUUUCUAGUUGUUACUGGUCCCUAUGGGAAAGCGUGCACCCGGUUAAUGCUCCCAGCCACCUGCCCUGGGGCUAGCCUGUAUCCUGGGGCUUCUCUGGGAUUACUGGCGAAAAGUAGGUUCCUAUGCAGGAGUUAAGUCUGUCUGGUGGUUUUGCCAAUACAGAGAGGGAGCUGGCCUUUAAGCACGGCUGUGUGCACGCCCCUCGUUCACACGUCCUCCUCACAUAGGGUUUUCAGAUGCAGUUUGCUUGGUUGCGCUCUUACCCUUGAAGCUGUCAAAUGCUGCCUGUCUCUUCUGGCCCUCUGUCUCCAUGAGUGCAUGCUUGAGGCCUUCCCCAGCUCGUGUGUGCAGGACAGUUCAUUGGUAAUGUACCCUCUAAGGCUCACAUACUCCCCAGGAGGGACUCAGCUGAGGCCUGUGCUUCACAUGUGGCCUUCAGUCCCUGGUCUUGCCCUCAGAAGCACGGGGCGGCUUUGAACAGUUGUGCAAAAACAAACCUGUAACUUGGUGCUUGUUGAUGACCUGCAAGCCGGUCUCGCAGGGACACAUAUUUAUCUUUCAGUUUACUUGAAAGAGUUCUGGUUUAAAUUUUUUAGCCUAAAUUUGUUUUAUUUAUUUUGUGUUUGUGUUUUGUUUUAUUUUAUUUUAUUUUGAAAGUGAACCAGUACUGGCCCCAAAGUUUAAACCAUCUUUUCAGUACAGAAAAUGAAGUGUCUGUCCAAGAGCGUGAAGGUCCUGAAGAAAACUGAGGUUGAAGUCCUCUUCUGUCCCAUUCCCAUUUUUUCAUAAGGGACAUUUGUUCUCUUUUGGAAGUUUUUAAAGUUGCUCCAUUGGCUACUUUUGCCUCUUUUUUGACAAGAUUGGUUUGGCUCUUUAAAGUCUGGGGUUUUUGUUUCGUCGGCUGGGUUUUUUGGUUUUUGGUUUGGUUUGGUUUUGUUUUUUCCCCACUAAAGCUAUGAUGUACUUCCCUCGAGAACCCUAAGAGCAAGAAGCUAGCGGCUUCCUUCUCCACGUCCAGCUUUGGCUUCUCUGGCUGUCGCAGCAGAACCUGCCAUGCCUCAGAUCCACCACAGUGUUUGGAUGGCUGUUCUUUGGCCUCCGCCUCUGAACGCCCCCUCAGGGAGACUGUACCCUUCCACAGUGAAGCACUUCAGUUUGAGGGGAGGAGCCUGACUCCCACCUGGACUUGACAGAAAAUCAGACAGAGCCCUUGCCCUCUUCCCUGUGCAGAGGGUCGGCCAGUGACCAUCUCCAGGAUCACUGGCACAUUCAGUGAGCCACUGUCCACCCCGGGAAGCUUCAUCCCUGACCCCGUGCCCUCUGACCCGACCAGCUAUGUUGUGUUUGGCUUGUUUUGGUUGUUUUUAAAAAACAAUUUCACUUCUACCCACAUUCCCCAAAACAAUGGUCAGUGACAGUUGGGAGAAGUUAAAAUCAAAAGUACCCCCUCUGCAUGUCCCUAAGCUGCCCAACUUCCUCCAGGAAGAGAACCUUUUGCCAAGAACUGUUUGACCUGCCUGCACAACCUGGUCCCCUCAGACGUCUGUCACGCUUGGGGAAUUGCUGCUUGAGCUCUGGCGUAGGACCCUGAAGAUGGCGGUGGCUGCGUGAGCAGCCGUCUGUGGGUUCUCUUCUGUGAGAAGGGUGGUUUUCUGGGGACCAGGAUUGUGUCCUGUCCUGUUCCCCAUACUGAGAAAUCAUGAUUUUUUAUAUCAAGCUAAAGAAAUCAUUGCUUUGGGGGACAGGUGGAAAUUGACCCCAGCCUUGUGGAAUCUAGUGAACUUUCUGGAAGAUUGUAUCUUCUCUCAAAGAUUAUAAUCAUCUCAGUAGCUGUCAUCCCAUCUGGAUGACAUGUGCACUUUAAAUGACCUCUCAUGAGCUGGCUUCAUCUUUGAGACAAUCAAAUCUGUUAACUGUUUUCUUAGAAGAUGGAGAGGGUUAAAAUAAAGACUUGCCAGCACGCCCCCCACCUCCCCGCUCUCCUGGAAGUCACCUGCAGGGAAGCAGCCCUCGCCAUGAUUGAUUUUUGUUGUUGUUGUUGUUGUUUCAAAAGGUACGAACUGAGUCUUUGAGGGCUACACCACUAGCACUGCCCAUUGCUAGUCCUGCCCACCCCCACACUGGUUCUUCACAGCCUCCCUCAGCAGUAGCAAGCACAGAUGUGUUGAACCCUUCAGGGUAACAUUAGUACGCACAGGCUUAGUAAAGGACACAACCUAGGCCCAUAGGCCAGAGCUUGCCCAGAGUCCUCGCCGGACAAGUUUGCAAUGUCUCUUUCUAUCCCUGAGGCUCUUGUGAGCUCACCCACUGUUCUUGCCAAGGCUCUUGGUAUUUCAUCGGACUUAAGUUGCCUUUGACAUGUACCCAGAAGACAGUCCUGGAGUGUGGGCUUCCUUGCCUGGACCCCUGCGAAUGGGUGCCUUUACAAACACACACACACACACACACACACACACACACACACACACACUCUUUUUUGUUUUUCAAGACAGGGUUUCUCUGUUUAGCCCUGGCUGUCCUGGAACUCACUCUGUAGACCAGGCUGGCCUCGAACUCAGAAAUCCGCCUGCCUCUCACUCUCUCUCACACACACACAUACACCAGCCUUCCCUGCAGAGACCAAGGGCAUGAUAUAUUUGGGUUCAGCUCCUUGUUUUCUUUCAUGUAGCAUAACAUUCCUAGUUAACUAGACUUUGGAGUCUGCUGCCUGCUGGCCAGGUGGAGAAAUGCAAAGUAUUCUAAUGCUGCCAUAAGGGGGAUUGGUGACAGGGGCUUUUCCUGCACUCAGCAAGAUUUAAUGUGUCAGAUGAUCAACAAGUCCUGAGUUACUUCUCCAUCUCAACUAAUCCGUAAAGUGGGUGGCCCCCACCACUGCAAGUGUGCCCUGCGGAGAAACCAGGCAGGUGCCGCUGCCACAGACCCCAGAGGGCCUCUGCAGGAAGCACAGAACCUAUGCCUUAGAACCCUCCUAGCCUCAGCUGCCCUGCCUUGGUUGCCACCUGCUGGGAUUGGCUUGUCUCAGGUUUCCUCCUGAGGCCUGGGCUCUACUGAAGGUGGGCAGGAUACACCUAUACCUCUGUUCUUGUUAAGUUGUCUCCAAUUGCUGUAUGAACAUUUCUGUACUAAGCCCUAUUAAGUAAAAAGUUGGGUUAAACCCAAGCGCUGUAUAGUAAUUUGUAAUUAUGUAUAAAGUGAAGCAGUUUUGAACUGUAAAGAUUUUCAGUGUGUUUUCUGGAAAUUUGCCACAACAUACUGGCUUUGUAUUUUAUUUAUCAUCCUUUGUAGUUAUUGGCUUCAGACUCUUGUAAAGCCCCCCUCAGACCUUUCAAAAAUAAUAAACGUCCUUUGAAAUCUUCA